ACGAGCUUGACUCCGUGUUCCUCCCAACAGACAAUACAACGACACCACAUCCAGACCUCGCCGGCCGCCUCUCGCUACUCCCGCCACCACCUCCACCACCAGACACAACCACUUCGUCGCCUUCAGAAGACAAGCACUACGACGCUUCAGCCGACAGCUACUACCACGGUGCGGACGACAACGAAGUAGCAGCAAGGACAUCCUCAGACGGUUGUUAUUACUCCAUAGCCUCAGCCUUCCCAGACCUCCGCCCAUCUCCACACCCACCCACUGACUACGACUUCGUCAGGAGGGAGGAGGAGGAGGAGGGGAAGACUUCAGAGGAGGCAAUGGAUCCCUCCAGACAGUUCCCUCCCUCUCCGAGGGAGAUGUACAACAUGCAAAGGGGAGGUCACCCCAUGCCUCUGAAUGGGCAUAUGCGCUCGGCCAGCCCCUCACGAGCCAGAGCUCCGCCCACUUUGCCUGAGAGGCGGCCAGACACACAGCUUGGCAACAGAAACUCCACCUCCAGCAGGACUUCAGCCUCAUCAGAUGGGACUCCUCCCAGCAGUCCUGGUUAUGUCACUCACGACCAACUCCAUCAUCAAUAUCACCACCAACACCACCAUCAACAACAGCAUCAUCCUCACCAAGCCCAACAUCACCAGCAUAUUCAGCAACUUCAACAACAACUUCAGCAACAACAACAGCAGCAGCAGCAACAACAACAACAACAAAAUCAGAAGCGCUAUCAAGAAAAUCGACCAUUCUCCUACGCUGUGGGUUUAAACCCAAAACAAGCAGCGCAGAGCCUCCAUCAUGCUAUCAAUGAUGUGCAGUUGAGAUCGAGAGAUGCCUCCCCACAUGGUGGGAGGGCCGGGGUCAAGUCUGAAGGCUCUGUUCUCAACAAGGGAGAUUAUCAAACCUGCAUCGCUAAUGACGACGAUGAAGUUAUCUAUCGUAGAAUCAAUGACAACUACCAACAGGCUGAAGACUUGAUGGGCACAGAUAGAGGAAGAGGGGGAGGGGGAGGAGGAGGAGGAGGACGCAGUGGCAGUGUGGGAGCAGUUCCACCGCUCAAUUCUCACACAGCUCAGCCGGACCCCCGUGCAGAUGGCAUCUACGGCACAUUUGUCCAGCCCUCCCCCACCUCCCCACACCGCCCCACUCUGACCUACGUCCCUCCCCCAACAGUUCCCCCUCUGACAUCAGACCACGCCCAUAUGGAGAACCAUCAUCAUCGCGCUGAAAAACAUAACGGAAAGCAAAAUCAUCACCACAACAACAACAACAACUUUAACAACAACAAUAACAGUCACAAUGGCCAGAUGUUUUCUUACACAGCUCAGGCACAAAAUCAUCAUCAUCCAAACCAGCAGCAGUAUCCCCCCUCACCCCAGCAGACGCCGUCAGAUGUGUCGUACCCCCCACAAUCCCCAUCCUUUGCUCCAAACUCUACCACUUCUCCCCCUAUCCUCCACCCUGUGUCCUCCCCAAAACUCCCUCCCAUGAACCAACGAAACAAACAUCGCCAGGACAAUAUUCCUCCCCCGCCCUCUUUCCCAGCUCCUCCCCCUCCAGUCCAACUCCACGACCGAUACAUGGCAAACUCUGGCAGACCCCGAACUCCAUCUCCACCCCCUCCUCCACCCCUGCAAGAUCCUAACUCAAGAUCUCGACCAAUGAGCAGAGAUCAGGCACCACAGUCUCCUCGCGCAGGCCACCAUCAAGUCUACCCGCCUACCCACCCACAAUCUGCUGAUCAGGCACGUUCCGCCUACACAAUCCAUCAACAACAACAGUACGACCAGGCCCCGUUGUAUCAAGCCCCGCCCAUUCCUGCUCAACAGCCAGUCAGACAUCAUCACACUCACAAAACCCCUCCCUCGCACAUCCCACCCCCUCCCCCAACUGCUCCUCAAGCGCCGAGCCAACAACACUACCAGCCACACAGAGAUUUGAAUUCAGUCCCUGCUGGAGUCAGGUCCCCUCGGACUGCCUCUCCUUCCCGCGCUAAUUUGGCAGCGGCUGUUACGAGUCCACAAAAACAGCAGCCGUCAACAGCCACGGCAGACCAGCUGGCGCAGGUCAAACUAAGGAAUGUCAGUGCCUCCUCCUCCGCCACCCGACGAUCUGGAUGAGCUACCUCCCCCGCCCCCUCCACCGGAACUGCUCACCGCAGGUCACGUGAACCAUGACCUCCGUGACCCCGUCGCGUGCGUAGCAACCGCAGCAGCCGCGCCUCCAGUGACUGGCACCGUC